AUGUCGGCUUUGAGGGGGGCCACGUUGUCGACGGUGACCCCGGUAAGUUUGGCUAAUGAAAGGGUUUUUUCUUGCAGCGCAUGUAAACCCCGUAAAGCUAACAAUUGGAAAAGUGAACAGCAGGUAAGCAAAAAGGUUUGGAAAUGCCCGUGUAACCGCAGUCACCGUCAGGCCUUCACCAACCUACUGCGGGUGGAGGAAGGGGGCGGGGCCUUCUUGACUGAGGAGCACCUCCUGAUCCGGGACCGGGACAGCCUGGAGGAGGCGUUAAGGGUGGAGCUUGGAGGUGAAGCUGGCCACGGUCAUCUGGAGCUGCGGGGUGGAAGACUGCGUCCGGGCGAGUGGUUCACGCUGAGCGACCUGCGACGACUCACUGUCAGGUACAUUCACGAUGACUCCGAGACCACCGAGGAUGACAUCGCUCUGCGGGUGACGGACGGUGUCAACUCGGCUGAAGUUGUAAUGCUCAUCCAGGUGCUGCCUGUGAACGACGAGCCACCCCAAUUGGGUGGAGGUCUGCGAGGCGAGCUCAGCUGCCAAGAAGGCGGGCGCGUCCAAGUGACGGCGGACUACCUGUCAGCCACGGACCGGGACAGCGAGGACGCCAGGCUGACCUACAUGCUGGCGCGGCGUCCUGCCCGGGGGGAGCUGCAGCGGGCGGGCCAGCCAGCAGACAAGUUCUCCCAGCAGGACCUGCUGCAGGGUCACGUGUACUAUGUGCACACAGGGGGAGAGAUCGGACCACAGACUGUGUCCGACACCGUCACUCUCAUCAUCUCUGACGGAGGGAUGGAGGGCUGUUGCCGUGGAGAUGCCCCGCCCGUCCCGCUCCACGGCUCACUUCCUGUGUACGACCUCAACAUCACUUUACUUCCUGUUAACAACAAAGUACCUGCCGUCAUUCUAGCGGACUCCAUGUUGGUGGUGGACGAGGGCUCCUUGGCUUGUCUGAAUAAGGGAGUCCUGGGGGCCACGGACCCGGACAGCCCCCCCGAACAGCUGACUUUUCACCUGGACACCAAGCCUCUUCACGGCUUCUUGGAGAACACGCUGCCCACUCCUGGCUCUGAGAAGAGCAACGCUGGAAUCCCUGUGGCAUCCUUCAGCCUGGACCACCUGACCUCUGGCUUCAUCAACUAUGUCCAAUCGGAGCACAAAGGGGCGGAGCCAACCGUAGACCAGUUGUUGAUCAGCGUGAGUGACGGCCUGCAUCACUCCGCCUCCAUCCCCUUGUACAUCAUCAUCAAUCCCACCAACGACGAAGCGCCUUCUCUGAAGCUCGCCAAUUUCACCGUGAAGGAGGGGGGCGUCAGGGAGCUGACCCCCUCCGUCCUGGACGCCUUCGACCUGGACGCCCCGCCAGAUGUCCUCACCUUUACCGUGGCGACACCGCCGGCUCACGGCAGCCUGAUGAACGGCGUCUACGGCGUCGAGACGGCACGCUACAAAGAGGCGACCGCUUCCCUCGUAGUCGCCUCCUUCACACUGCGCCAACUCAGAGAGGGCAUGAAGUUGGUGUACAUGCACGAUGACACGGAAACCCUGAAGGACGUGCUGACGCUCCGACUGACAGAUGGCGUCCACGCGGUCCAGGGGACGAGUUGGGUCACGGUGCUGCCGCUCAACGACCACAAACCUCUGCUGCUCAAGAACGCCGGUCUGGAGGUGGAGUCCGGCGGCCGCAGAGUGAUCUCCAGCGUGGUUCUGGAGGCCCAGGAUGCGGACUCACCACCUGACCGCGUCUUCUAUUUCCUCAACGCCGCCGCCCGAUUUGGAGAACUGCAGCUGAAGGCUCAGUCGGGUUGGACCCAGCUGGCGGUCGGUCAGAACUUCACUCAGGACGACGUGGACAUGAACCGACUGUGGUACGCGCACGCCGCCAACGCCUCCGAGUUCAAAGGUCACGACAGCUUCCGUUUCAGCCUGAGCGACUUGGACAACAGCGGCCCGCCACAGAGCUUCUUCAUCUCCGUGCACACGGUGCAAAAAGGGAACAUCUCGCUGGCGAGCAGGGCGGUGGCGCUGGCGGAGGGGCAGCGCGUGGUCCUCAACACAGACUUCCUGUUGGCUUCUGACGGCGCCGGGCGUCCGGACGAGCUGAUCUACACGGUCACGGUGCCGCCGCGCCACGGCUUGGUGCACGGCGUGCGGAGGCCUGGCGUGCCACUGCACACGUUCACGCAGCUGGACGUGGCGGCUCACAGAGUGUGUUACACCCACGACAACGGCCACACCCACCGCAGCGACAGCUUCAGUUUCGUCAUCACCAACGGCCACUCGUCCCGCACUGGAAGUCUGCAUUUACACAUCGAGCUCAGCGACCGAAUCCCGCCAACGCUGGAGCGCAAUGCGGGUUUGGGCCUGCAGGACGGCGCCACAGAAACGAUCACGGCGGACCACCUGCAGCUCAGCGACCCCGACACAGCCGCCUCAAACCUGAGCUUCGUGGUCACCGAGCCACCCCGCUACGGCCGCCUCAUGCUCAGGGGAGUCCCGCUGACACCCCCGCUUAGGUUCACCCAGACGGACGUGGACCAGCGCCACCUGGCUUACUGGCACAGCCGGGGCAGCCGGGCAGAGAUGGACAGGUUCUACUUCUUGCCCACUGAUGGCAACAAUCCAGGUUACCUGGAGUUUGGACAGUUGACAGAGGAGCCGGCAGCAUUCAUCGUUCAGGUGGAGCAGGUGGACAGGUCGCCUCCGAGUCUGACCACCAGGGGGAGUCCCAGCGAGGUGGCAGAGCUAAGCGACGGGCGAUUUGUCAUCUUCCUCACCUCCAGACAUCUGCAGGCAGCUGACGCCGACAGUCCGGUGGACGAGCUUCAGUUUUCAGUCAUCAGGCCUCCGCAUUUCGGCUACUUGGAGAACAUUCUCACAGGAGCUUACAUCAAAGGUCGCUUUACGCAGCGAGAUGUGGAGCAUCGCUCAGUGGUUUUUGUCCUUCCCCCUGACAUGGAGGUGACAGCCGACAGCUUCCAGUUCCGCCUCAGUGACCCGGCCGGCAACUCAGCCCUGCCUGAAACACUGGAGCUGUCCUGGUCCCGAGUCCAGCUAUCAGCUACCUGCUACCGGACCUGUGAGACUGCAGGAACGCUACAGGUCCAGAUCGAACGCAGUGGAAAGAGCAGCGAGCCAGCUUAUGUGGCCAUACAGGUGGAGGACGGGACUGCCAAACUAGGCCAGGAUUUCACACACAGUACAGCCGGACUCAUCCAGUUUGAUCCAGGAGUCAACAUGAAAACUUGGAACAUUUACUUGAAAGACGACGGACUGGAGGAGAACCACGAGACCUUCACGGUCACUCUGAAGAAUCCAAAGAAUUCGGUUCUAGGACAAAGAAACUCAGCCAGCGUGGAGAUCAUCGAUCCGAGAGGAGGAAAGUGUGAUCCUGGCGACCUGAGCAAGGAAGAAGAAGACAAGGCCACGCUCCACCCCACCAUUCAUGCUCCUCCCCCACCUACGGAAGAUGAGCCUGUCACAGAUAUCGAGGUGGAACUUCUGUGGGAGAACCAGCCUCACCCUCCCCGUGGUGAUGUUCCAAACCGCCAUCACUACCCAGAGGACCAGGCAGUCCCUGGCAACAUACCCUCUGUUGGCCGGCAGCCAACAGUCACUGGUAAUGCUGGGAAUACUGGACUUAAGGUGCGUCUGUCAGCAGGACCUGGACCUGAGCAGAAAGUCUGGACGUUCCACAGUCUGACUCCUCUGCGGCUGGAGGAGGUGGCACCAGGGGGCGCUGUACAGGGCAGCUCGCACCACACCCACUUCCUGCAGCAGGGGCGCCUUGAAAACAUCCCUCAGUUGGAUCAUGCAGGAACCAGGCAGAAGGCAGAGCUGCGCCAGCGCAAAGCGGGACGGUCGCUUAGAAGCUGGUGUGAAGAUGGUUGGACCCACCACAAGGGGCGCUGUUACCUCGCCAGCUUAUCUGUCAGCAGCUGGGCUAGUGCCGAGCACACAUGUUCUCUCCUGUUUAACAGCAGCCUGGCGAGUGUUCGGUCCAGACGGGAUAUGCCAUGGCUAUGGAAGUUUGGCGGGAAGAAGCCAUUUUGGAUCAGUCUACCUGGAGGUAUGAGUGAGGGAAAGUGGACAUCGCCACCCCAGAUGUCGCCACCAACACCAAACGAGCCUGAUCUUGUAUCAGAGUGUGUGCUGGUUCAACAGGCCUCACGUUGGACCUCGACAAACUGCAGUGCCGAAACUCAACACGCAUUUAUCUGCUCCUCGCCAGCAAAUACGCACUAAAUAUUGUGGUUUUUAAAUGAAAUCAUGUUUCUUCCUUCAUUUAUCAAACUUUGAAGGAUGUGUACUAAAAGUCACAUGUACACUAAACAAAUGCAAUAAACAACUGCUUCAUCCUCUCUUACCAUACUUGCCAACCC